AUGUCUUUCACCCUCACGAGUCCGGAUCGGCCCCUCCAUAUCGGAGUGAUUUUGACCAAAGGGACGACGGAAAUGCUCGAUGUCGCACCGGUGGAGCUGUUUACUUGGAUGGACAAGAAAUCCCUUCAAUUCUUGAAUUUCCCCCCAGAAAUGAUCGAAGAGGGCAUUGAUGUUGUCAUGCAUUGGAUAAACGAAGACGGCCAGCCGGCGUCUAUGAAAGGCGGCGCAAAGAUUGUCCCAACUGACUCUUUCACGACAGCCCCGGGUCUGGAUAUUGUCCUCAUGGGGGCUCAUGGUGUCUACCAAACCAGCGAGACGGAGAAGCAAUAUAUCAGGAAGGCGUUCCAGGACUGCAGUGCGUUCCUGACAAUCUGCGGUGGCAUAUAUCCGCUCCUUGAAGCGGGACUGCUACCAGGGAAAACUGUGGCAGGGCCCAGGGUUCUUCUCGAAAUGUCCAAGGGCAUGGCACCAGAUGUCGAAUGGGCCGACAGGCGCUGGGUGAGAGAUGGCAAGCUAUGGAGCUCUAGCACUCUUUUAAACGGCGCCGACAUGAUGAGAGCUUUCGCCGAGGAGAAUUGGGGCCGUCGUAGUGGAAUGAUGGAGGCGCUGUUGGAUACGCUUCACUUCCCAAAGCGCGACGUGGACUUUCAGGAUUUUGACGGAUCCAACAUAUCUGUCGGUAGUACAUGCAGUUUUACUCAGUGA